AUGCAUAUCAAUCACUACCUGGCUAUCCAUUCCCAUCAGUCGCUUCCGCCGUUUCCCAUGGAGAACAUCUACCCCAAGCUUGAACGUCCUCCGACACCUGAAGAAAUGCCCUUCCUGCUCGAUAUGACUCUGUAAGGUUUUUCGGAACUCCGACUGGCUAUAAUAUUUUAGAGGAUUUCCCUGAUAGGAGGUUUUUUUCUUUUUUUCUUCGUUUGCUCUAGUUGAAGUUGUUAAGAUAACAAGAAAUAACGCCAUAAAUCGUAAAAAACAGCUCCAUGUUUCAUUAUUUAUGAGAAUAAUGUUUUAUUUGCUGUAACUUCAAAAUUCCGAAAAACCGUCGUAAACUAUUUUCCACGAUAAAAGCAUGAUGGAGUAGUUAACAAAUGGUUUCAAGAUCUUCUAUAGACGGAAAAAUUCCAACUUUUACGAUCCUACAGAGUUUUUAUAGUUCAUAUAUUUUGAUCCAAAAAUGUUCCAGACAUUUUAUGGCCUUCCACGAACUUUCUUUUACAUGAAAAUAGAAAAAGCGAAAAUAGCCAUUUUCAAUAUUUUCUAACGCGCCGAAAUUUCAAGGAAAUUCGCUAACUAACUGUUUUCAAGUUAGAAAAAUAUAAUCAUUCCGUAAGUCUCCUUUCUUAUCAUUUCUCGUUGAUUUUUUUUCGAAAAUUUAUCUUCCUAAUAAAAGCUCUCCUGCGGAAUGCCAAGACCCAAGAUUUGAAACUUGGCAGACAUGAAGCACCAGCAAGAUAUUCCGGGUCGGACACAUCAGGAGACGUUGAAAAAUUCGUUGCGGCGUUAUCUCAGACAUCGCAACAGCUAGUGAGUGAUGCGCGUGCAGAAACGCUUACAAAUUGUGGCUCCGCAUUUGCAUAUUUUGAGAAAAAGUCCGGCAGGGCAGCUGCCUGGAAAUGUUGGAGACAGUCGUCGCGAUGACAAACGGUCGACGCCUGCGGGCGCCAUUUGCAUAGAACCCCGAUAUGACGAGCCUCGAGACGUCUGUCGCUUCGAAUUCUUGAAAUUCACAAAAUCGAGCUGA